AUGGAAGUACCCACUGACUGCAGGCAUCAGGAGUGGAGGUGCUUCAUCCUCAGAGAUGACUGGGCAGAUGCAGAUGACCAUGUGGGUGACAUUGUCAAUGUCAUUGACACCUUCGAGCCAACUCCAUCAUCAUCGUCAAGCGGACCCAUGCUUUCAAUUGCUGUCUCCGCGAAAUGCGGGCGGAAGGUGCUCAUGUCGAAACUGACAUGGCGCUCACUGGAUGUGACACAUGUGCUCAUGUGGGGCAAUAUGUUGCACGAGGUGAUGCAGAUGUAUCCAGCAGAGGGGCGCUGGUAUGAGCGGUGGGUGGAUGCUCAGAUCACGGAUGUGGUAGGGCGGGGACUCAGUGAGCUCAUCAGAAUCAACAUGAGCAUCGAUCAGGCGAAGGUUGGGAUGAAGGCCUGGGCAAAGGAGCUGAAAGUGUUUGCUGAGAAAUACAUUAGCCAGGAGCCGAAGGUAGAUGCUGUCCCGCUACUGCAUGACGUCGAAGAGGACAUCUGGUCCCCACGAUGCAGCCUAAGGGGCAAGGUCCAUGCGUCGGUACCAGCCGUGAUCUUCGAGAUUGAUGGAGAGUCAAGUCCAUUCAUGAGAGCUGCACCAAUGCACACUACGCAGAACUGGACGAUGCCGCUGGAGAUUAAGACUGGCCGUGCCGUGGCCGGGAUGGAGCACUGCAUGCAGACAAUGCUUUACACUCUCUUGAUGGCGGAGCGCUACAGGACCGAGGUGCCGAGUGGCCUGCUGUACUACACACAGAGCGAGGAAGUUGUGCAUGUACCCGCCACACGGAAUGAGGUGCGGGCAUUGCUCGUAGCUCAGAACGACAUGGCUGGUUACAUGAUGCGGUGA